GGUGGCAGUGUAUGCUGCUAAAGGUUGAAUGCGAUCCGCCAACCCAAUCUCAAAGAAGAAGAACGUAUUCGCUAACGCCGCAUUUUCGAAAUGGCAUAUCUCGAGUUCAAGUUUGAGGACGAAAUAACUAAAUACAUUCGGGAACAAGAAUUGGCAACGUCACUGAAAUUCGUAAUAUUGGGAAAGGACAAAAGUUUUGGACAAAAGGAUGCACAGCCUUUGGCACGGAAAAAACUCAGCUGGGAGAGUAAAAGUAUCCCGUUCAAUGGUGUUCCGUUUCAAGUUGUUGGCACAAAGACGUAUGAAUGCCACCAGGGCAAAGACAGACAGACAAAAGCCAAAGAGAAAUAUGCUGCUGAAAGAGACAAGAAGGAACUUGAAGACCAUGCCUUUGUAAAGAGACGGAAACUGGUACAAAAUACCAAAAAGGUGGACUGCAAAGCUAUAAUAAACAUCGCCCACGUUAUCCGCUUUCCUGAUUUUAAGAUUGAGGAAAGUACAGUGCGCUCUAAAAAGGAGGCCUCCCAAACUCUGAAGGCAGCACUAAGUGAAACGCCCAGCUCCGUGAAGGCAGAGGUUGUCUACUGUGUCAGGUUCCCCUCCCUCUCUGAGCACAGCUCACAUGCAGUUGUUGGCGAGGCAGCUCAUGUUAGGGAAGCUGUAGAUGCCAGGCUGAGAGAGAAGAUUGAGCAGCUGACUCUGUCUGGUGUGAGAAAGAUGACUGAAAUGAAGUGUCAUCUGAACACCUUUGUAGUGGAAGAGCUUUUCCAUGGAGAGCAGCCCCCUCCACCUACUCGCAGGCGCUAUUACCCCACUGACAGUGACAUAAGAAAUGUCAUGUUUAAGACCAAGCGGGCCACCGGAGACUCCAACAUUGACCGUCCAUACGAAGGUCCAUCUGGAAGAGGAAAGAAGAGGUCCUCUAGGAAGCUGUUGCGGUUACGGAGGCAAUGUGCAGGAUAUCUUAAAGAGAUCACAGAACUCACUUAUGAUCUCCAAGAGGAACAGUACGUGACUGACCUGUCUUCACAGCUCAGAAGCGUGUUGCUGGAUAUGAAGGCCCAUGUUCCACAGGAUAAAGACCUUCCACUGACCUUUUCUCCAAGGAAGAGAAAAGCUGAGAUGGACAUGGACCUCAUUCCAACCAAGAGUGCAUCACACCCUUUCAUAGAUGGGUUAGAACAGCACACAGAGGACAUAGUGAGUGUGGAUACCUUGUUGGCAUUGAGCCUAGGUUAGUAGGGCUGCGUGGAUACCUUGUUGGCAUUGAGCCUAGGGUAGUAGGGCUGAGUGGAUACCUUGUUGGUAUUGAGCCUAGGUUAGUAGGGCUGCGUGGAUACCUUGUUGACAUUGAGCCUAGGUUAGUAGGGCUGAGUGGAUACGUUGUUGGUAUUUAGCCCAGGGCUGAUGACUGUGUGGGUUCUGCCACCAAUUGAGUAUAUUUUGGGUAGUGUUAACUUUUAUUUCAACUACUGUUAAUAUUCUCUUAAUGUAACAGAUGUGAAAUGGCUAGCUAGAUUAAAGUUAUACUGUUACAUUAACAACUUCAUAAAAACAUGUUUUCUCAUCUGUAAUGUAAAACAAAUACAUGACUAUAGUAAGUCAUUUAGGAGGCAUAUAAACACACUGUUCCACUCA